GACCUAAGUAAUGUUUCGACUGAAAACUCAGAAAAGACCUUUCUCCGUCUCCGACCGAUGGCUACCGGUGACCAGAGCAAGAAGAGAAAGCAGCGUUACCUCCCUCAGAACAGACCAGCAAAGAAGAAGGGAGCUUACCCUUUGAAGCCAGGGGUUCAAGGUUUUUUCAUCUCUUGCGAUGGCGGACGCGAAUACCAAGCUUCUCAGGAAGCUAUUAACGUCAUUGAUUCCUUUUUUGAGGAGCUAAUGCAUGGGACUGGCUUGAAAAUGAAUUCUUCUGGGGUGCUUGAGAACCCAAUUAACAAAAAGGUCACAUUUUCCUAUAGCGAGGAUGAGGAUGAAGAGGAAGAUGAUGAGGGUAGUAAUGACAAGGAAGAGGAGAACAAAGAGGUUGGGGAUAAGGAAGAAGUGAGUGAAGGCGGUAAUAAACAGGUGGAUGAGAAAGAAUUAACAAGCGAAGGUUCAUGUAAAGUCAAACAAACUGAAAAGGACGAAGAAAAAGAAGAAGAGAAACAAGAGAAUGUUGUUGAAGAAGAACCUCCAAAAAAGAAGCCAUGUGUGGAAGAAGCAACUGCAUCAGCAAAAGUAAAUGGAAAUGCAGAGAAGUCUAUUGAUAAGUUGAUUGAUGCUGAACUAAAAGAGCUCGGUGACAAGAGUAAGAGACGAUUUAUGAAGUUAGAUCCUGGUUGCAACGGUAUUGUCUUCAUCCAAAUGAAAAGGAGAGAUGGUGACCCAAGUCCCAAAGAUAUUGUCCAGCAUGCAAUGACUUCUGCUGCUGCAACCAAAAAACAUAUGUCAAGGUUCAUCCUAAGAAUUUUACCAAUUGAAGUGGCGUGUUAUCCUUCAGAGGAAGAGAUUUCAAGAGCCAUCAAGCCUCUUGUAGAACACUACUUUCCCGUUGAGACUGAUAACCCCCGGAAAUUUGCUGUGUUGUAUGGAGCACGUGCGAACACAGGCCUUGAUAGGAUGAAAAUAAUAAACACUGUGGCGAAGUCAAUUCCUGCCCCUCACAAAGUUGAUUUGAACAACCCGGAGAUGUCUAUCGUGGUUGAAAUUGUUAAGACAGUGUGCUUGAUUGGAGUGGUGGAGAAGUACAAGGAGCUGGCUAAGUACAAUCUCAGGCAGCUCACGUCGACCAAGUGAUGCAAACUUUAUGUUUCUGCUAUGUUUUGUUUACUCAAAGACUAAAGAUGCUUUGUGUUUUUACUUGUAGUGUCACAGAGUUUCCUAGUUUUCACUUUUUUAAAAUGGAUGAAGUUUGUCUUUA